CUUACUGAAGCACUUCUCCUUCCUUUGCUUCCAUAUCUGUGAACUGGUCAUUUUUUUUAAACCGAAGACUGAAAAUGGAAAAGCAGCUCUGUGAUUUACUUGUGUGCCUGAUUCUGCUUACCUGGGGUUUCGGAGCUGGUGUUGCUGGUUUGGAGCUGUACUCGUCUCUGGGAGAGACUGUUACCCUGCCUUGUGGGCGAUUCCAGGAAUAUGAAAACUCUUUUAUUUAUUGGGUCUUUAGUCAAAGAUCUGAAACAGCUUCUGAGCUGGCCUCGGGUGGGAAGAUUACAGUCAAACAGCCAGAGAGAGCUGCAAGACUGGAGGUGCUGCCUGACUCGUCUCUGAGGAUACAUGACCUGCACACAGAGGAUAGCGGCCAGUAUACCUGCCAACAAUAUGUAAAUGAGCAGUUUCAUUCAAGUCUGACUUCUGUUGUUCUGAGCCUGCUCACCAUUACAGCUGUCCCAGGUGGAGACUUAAAGAGAGGCACCGCUUUAUCUCUACACUGUGCCCUGGUGUGUAAUGGUGGUAUUGCAGACUGCAGUCCUCCUGUCAAUGCUGAACUGACCUGGGUGGAUGAUGAAGGCACAGCCCUGCAGGGAGACAGGUUCAAGAUCACAAAAUACAGAACACAUUCCACUCUGUCCCUGCAGCUGCAGAAAUCAGACCACAACAGGAGAUGGAGAUGCAACCUAACUGAGGGGGGUGAAGUAAAGGCUUCGUAUAGCUACACCACCACACUCACAGACACUCCGGUAUUGAUUGCAUCAUCUUCAUCAGCGGCCGUCACUCUCCUCCUAGUUUUGAUCCUCGCCGUCGCAUUCUGUGCCUGGAAGAGGAAGAGAACAGAUUCAAAUAACCACGUCCAGGCUGAAGAAUUGAAGAACAAGGAGUCUGUCAGUGAGAUUCCUGCUCGGGUUACGGGGGGCGCCGAGGAGAACUACUCCAGCAUUCGGUUCGACGACGAGAGAAGAGGACCUGAAAGAAGACAGGCUCCUGCGGAGGAAAGCAAGGGCGUCAUUUACUCUGCCAUCAAAUGAUCGACAGACCGCGGCUGCUCUUGCAGUUACAGCAUUCAGACAUCUGGUGGCGCUAAAAAUAAAAAAAAAAUCAUCAUAAUAAUUGUUUGUAUUUUACAUUGUAAAUAGUCAAGUGCUCAGGAAUUGCUCCGCAUUGUUUGGUUCUUGAUGAUUUUUAGGGCUCUGUUUUAAAAACGUAAUGAUGUUUUAAGGAAUGUUUUGAUAAAGACUUUUGUUCAAGCCCAUUAUGGUUAAUUAAAUCGAGUUUGCAGUUCAUAAAAGCAUUCUGGCCUGUUUUAGAGAGGGUUCGUGUAAUUGCCUUGUGAAGGAAAAAGCUUUGAAGUAGCCUCUGCAAUCAUAUCAAUCCAAUAGAAAUGCUUUGGAUUGAUCUGAAAAAAAGCUGCGUCAAAAAUUGUGUAUCCAAUCUGUUUGAGCU